AUGUCAAAAGCUAAUCCAAGUCCUAUUGCUUCUCACCACGACAGAGCAUGUGAAGUGUUUGCGCAGUUAACUGGGACGGUGGUGGACUAUGGAUCAGAGCAUUCUAAUAUUUUCAAACAUUCUCGAUGGGGAAAAGAUUAUAGUCAUAAAAGAGGACUCUUUCCAGAUUGGGGAUCUUCAAAUCCUGUUCAUUUCAUUUGCCACUCCGGAGCCAUAAAUACUGCCAGAGUUCUCCAAAAGCUUCUUGAAAUUGACUUUUGGAAUAAGAAUACAAGUGCUCAGUGGAUUUUGUCGAUUACUUCUAUCAAUGGGGCGCCGAAUGAAAGUGCUGUCUCCGAUGUUAUCAGCCCGGCAAAAAUUCUCAGUCGUUCGGUUGUAUGGGCAGCAAUGUCCAAAUUAGAACUCAGCUCUGACCAACUUCGUCAAGCACUGAAUUGGCCCACAGAUCAUUGGGUUCCUGACACUGAUAACAGUACUCUAUCUCAGUCAGAUGAUGAAGUUAUAAAUAAAUUGGGUUCUAGUCUAAAAUGUGGAAUAUUUGGUUCACGUGAUAACAUAAUUUACGACCAGACCUCUGAAGAAGUUGAUUGUCCCGUAGAUUACAUUCCGAAGUUUAUUUACAAGAAAACAUUUUAUCUUUGUCUUUUUUCAAGUGCAACUAUGUCAUCCAAACAAUGCAUCCCUCCGGAAAUGUCACCCAUCCUAUGGCCAUUCGCUGCCAUUCUCUUAGACAAAAGCUGUAAUGAAUACUUGAACGAAAGUACAAGAAACAUUAUACAGAAGAUACAAACAAUUAGCUCUAAUGUAGAUCCAUUAAAAGACAAUGACGGAAUGGUUACAGUAAUAAAUCAAUGUGUGCCACGUGGUGCUGAGUCACUGGUCGAGGUGUUUCCAGAACAUUCGUACCUAACGUCACAUAUUACUAACCUACAUCCCGGUGUAUGGUAUAUUGAUAGUGUUAAUAAAUGGAUAGGUCCAAUAAAUAGAAACACCUUCGAUCUUGGCACAGGUUGUCAGAAUGUUUUUCGAAAAUACAAAUGA